GUCCGUGGUUAGGAUUGUGUCGCUUCAUUUCAACUUUCGGUAUCACCGCGAUCGAAUUAUCGUAAAUGAUAUACCAAAGCUGUGUAUGUAGUUCAGGAUUUCUCAUAUAAGUUUUAAAGAUGACAAUAUAUGUGACCUGGAUAUUAAAUGUUUUUCUUCUGGUGCCUUUCUUGGGAUCAACCUACACACAGUCACAACCCGAGCCCAGUUAUGCAGCGUAUGAAGCAUCUACAAUUUUGGGUGAUGUGGAACCUCGGGACAGCACUCCAGACCUGGAGUUCCGCUACCACGAUCACGAUCAGAUGACGAGAUACCUUCGUGCAGUCUCGGCGCGGUACCCAGCCCUCACCGCACUCUACUCCAUCGGCAAGUCUGUUCAAGGACGUGAUUUAUGGGUGAUGGUAGUUUCGGUAUCUCCAUAUGAACAUAUGAUUGGCAAACCAGAUGUUAAAUAUGUUGCCAACAUUCAUGGCAACGAAGCAGUCGGUCGUGAGCUUCUUCUGCAUCUAAUUCAGUACUUGGUAACGUCAUACGACACAGACCCAUACAUCAAAUGGUUGCUUGACAAUACUAGAAUCCACCUGAUGCCCUCAAUGAACCCCGAUGGUUUUGCAAUCUCCAAAGAAGGCCAAUGUGAUACAGUUUUUGGGAGGUAUAAUGCACGACGUUACGAUCUUAACCGCAAUUUUCCCGACUAUUUUAAACCAAAUACAAAACAACCACAACCAGAGACAGAAGCAGUGAAGGAAUGGAUCAGCAAGAUACAGUUUGUGGUAUCGGGCUCGUUGCAUGGAGGAGCUCUUGUCGCCUCAUAUCCAUUUGAUAACACUCCUAGUGCUAUGUUCCAAAACUACGCCCAUUCACCAUCGAUUGCGCCUGAUGACGACGUGAUGAGGCAUCUGGCGCUAGUGUACUCAAAGAACCACGCCAAAAUGUCGCGAGGCGUUUCUUGUAAGACCGGCUCACCACGCUUCGAGAACGGUAUCACCAACGGCGCUGCUUGGUACCCACUCACAGGUGGUAUGCAAGACUACAAUUAUCUAUGGCAUGGAUGUAUGGAAGUUACGUUGGAGAUAUCAUGCUGCAAAUAUCCGCCGGCGCACGAACUAGGAAAAUAUUGGGUCGACAACAAAGAGUCAUUGAUAAAGUAUCUCGCGGAGGCUCAUCGCGGCGCACAUGGAUUUGUGAUGGAUGAAAAUGGCAACCCCGUAGAGCGCGCAACGAUCCGAGUAAAGGGUCGCGAUGUCAGUUACCACACCACUAAAUAUGGCGAGUUCUGGCGCAUCCUGUUGCCCGGAACCUAUAAACUUGAUGUUACAGCUGAAGGUUAUUUGCCACAAGAAGUUGAAUUCAUUGUUAUUGAUAGUCACCCCACCUUACUGAAUGUCACUUUACAUUCGGCCAAACGCAUUGAUGGCGGCCCCUACUACAGACCAGUGGCUCCCCCGCGGCCACCUGCAGCGCCGGCGCCAGGUCCCGGCAUCUUUGCUUCUAUUACAAACUCAUUCAAUAGUCUCGUGUCAAAUAUUUUUGGAUAACUCUGUAUAAUACUAACAAGUUCAUAGUAAUAUAAAAUAAUUAUAAUUUGAUAUGUAUAAAUCCACACAUGCAAAUAGUUUAAAAACAGCUCAAAAUCAGUUAUUUGGAAUAGAUUAAAACCUACCGAUUAGAUUAGGUAUACUUAAAGAAGUCAAGGCAAAAAUAGUAUUGAGGUAUAUAGAUGAAAAAUAAAAUGAUUCGCCACUAAAUUGGCUAGAAAUGGGAGAAGGUAAUAUCUUAAAGUAUAAUAGUGAUCAUGAUAAUACUUAGAUAAUUGAAGCACUAAGGUCCUAAACAGCUUAUUUUUAAAAUAUUGGGAUCACCAAUGAUGUCUUCGUCAGUAGGUAACAAGUAGAUACAAUAUUUAUUAUAGUAAUACUUAUAUGUACUUGUAUAUUAAGAUCUCAGAAACACUACAAUAUAUAAAGACUUUCUAGAGGUCUAAAUUUAAAGUGAACUCUCUAUUAAGUUACUGGAAUGAGGUAGGUAUUAUUCCAGCACAGGAGUUAGUUCAAAAUCUUUUAAAGUUUGUUUUUUAUUAGAUACGGAUAGUUCUUAAUAAAUCUUGAAUUCUCCAUUGUUAAAAAUCCAAUACUGAACUGUAGGUAUCACAUUUUAAUAACUUACAUUAUCAAAACUAUUAUUUUAAUAGAAAUCAACUAUGAAAUGUAUUUGAUAUAUCAGAGGUGUUAUCGAAUCAUAAAAUGUAAAUGAAUAGUUUUUUUACGAAGUAGGUAAUAUAUUUACAAUUACACACAUAAUUAAAUGAGUUAGACACAUAAAUGAUCAAAAUUAUUUUUAUCAAUGAAGACUAUCCUUGUAAGGAACAUUUAGAUCACAAGUAUUAUUAGAUAUAGUUAUUUUGUGCUUCACUUGGCACUAAAUUUUAUUUACGCAUUUGAGUACACUCA